GACACUAGUAGGAGGUAUGAAAACAAGGCUGGGAGCUUCAUUACUGGAAUAGAUGUAACCUCCAAGGAAGCAAUUGAGAAAAAGGAACAAAGAGCAAAACGCUUUCAUUUUCGAGCUGAAGUGAAUCUCGCCCAAAGGAAUGUGGCGCUGGAUCGGGACAUGAUGAAGAAAGCGAUUCCUAAAGUGAGACUGGACACAAUUUACAUAUGUGGGGUGGAUGAGAUGAGCACACAGGACAUCUUUGCCUAUUUCAAGGAGUAUCCUCCUGCUCAUAUUGAGUGGUUGGAUGAUACAUCAUGUAAUGUUGUCUGGCUUGAUGAAGUAACAGCAACACGGGCCCUAAUAAAUAUGAGUUCCUUGCCUGACCAGGAGAAAACAAAAAGCAGAGAGAACAACGAAGAGAAGACAGCUGAGAAACCCAAGAAAGAAAAACAGGAGGAAAGUUCUGAUGAUGAGACGGAAGAAGGCGAGGUUGAGGAUGACAACCCAAGUGACGUUGAGCUGGAUGCCCUCUCCCAGGUAGAAGAGGAUUCUCUCCUGCGUAACGAUCUUCGCCCUGCCAAUAAGCUGGCUAAAGGAAACAAGCUCUUCAUGAGGUUUGCUACUAAAGAUGACAAAAAAGAGCUAGGAGCUGCACGGCGAAGCCAGUAUUACAUGAAAUACGGCAAUCCGAAUUACGGGGGCAUGAAGGGGAUCCUUAGCAAUUCUUGGAAACGAAGAUACCACUCACGCCGAAUCCAUCGGGAUGUGAUGAAGAAAAGGACACUCAUUGGGGAUGAUGUUGGCUUGACUCCUCCUUACAAACAUCGUCAUUCAGGCUUAGUAAAUGUUCCUGAGGAGCCUAUUGAGGAGGAAGAAGAGGAGGAGGAAGAUCAGGAUAUGGAUGAAGAUGACAGGGUUGUGGUAGAGUACCGCGAUGAACUGCAGGCUUUCAAACAGGCCCGAGACCGCAGCGCAGCGAGACGAUCGAGUGCCAGUGCGUCCGAUUCUGACGAAAUGGACUAUGAUCUUGAACUGAAAAUGAUAUCCACACCCUCGCCCAAAAAGAGCAUGAAGAUGACGAUGUAUGCAGAUGAGGUGGAGUCACAGCUGAAGAACAUCAGGAAUUCCAUGCGCGCGGAUAGCAUAGCAAGCAGGAAUAUCAGAAACCGGAUCGGCAGCAAAGGGUCGGCAGAGAAGGUGGCAGAUGUACGCCUGCUGUUAGAAGAAAAACGUCAGAGUAAUACUGGGCCGCGUCAGGCAAACAGCACUGUGAAAUCAGAUGUGCGGCAGAGGCUGGGAAAAAGACCACACUCUCCAGAAAGUAAACCUCCAAGCAGUACCUCUGCUCCUCGUCGAGAACCAGUGUCAGAUGUACACAGCCGGUUAGGAGUCCCCAAGCAAGAUGUCAAAGGCCUCUACUCUGAUACCAGGGAGAAGAAAUCAGGUAAUUUAUGGACCCGAUUGGGGUCUGCUCCGAAGACACAAGAAAAGACUUCAGAUAAACCUGAAAACCCUGUGGCAUCUCCAGAGGAAGAUGAUUCAGAGCUCCAGCGGGUUUGGGGAGCUCUCAUUAAGGAAAAAGAACAAUCUCGGCAAAAAAAGAGUCGACUGGAUAAUUUACCCUCUCUACAGAUUGAAAUCAGCCGAGAAAGCAGUUCAGGAUCAGACACCGAGUCAUGACUGGUUUUGCAUUGACCCUCAGCCGGUGACUGCAGCGUGGCAGGAUUUCCUUU